UGGCCCGAGGUUUAGGAUUUGAGUAUAAUUCAGAUACUUUUAGGUCAUUUUUCAUUAAUUGUUGUGCUUUGUUGUUUUUCUUUGUUGCUCUUGAGAAAUUCAAAUUAUAUUAUAGAUACCAAUGUAAACCAACAUCUCUCAUAGAUAUAGACUAUAUAAGAAAAAAUCUCAGAAUAUAUCAAACUUUCUUUUCGCUUCUGAAAUUCCUUUAUUUCUACAAAAAGGAAAGAUAUAUUCUUUUAAUACAUAUAAAUUGGGAAAGUAGGAUAAAUAAUGUGAAUAGGAGGAGUAUAAUAUUUUACCAAUUAUAAAAGCCAGAUACAAUCCUCAGCAUUAACAUCCUCAAACUCAAUCCCAAAAAUUCCGGGUUGUUUUUCCUUAUUUGGUCAUUGCUGAGCUGUUUACGAGUUUAAUGCUACAACAUGCAAAUUUUUUAUAAUCCAAAUACUCCAUUGUUUAGUGCAUGAACCUAAAACUAAUUACAUAAACAUUAGAAGAAUCUUUUUAAUUGUUUCCUGCCUCUCUCACAUUUUCUCAAGACUAUCCUAAUAUUUAUUUGUUUCCAUAUCUAUAUAUUAUUUGAUUCAACAACCAAGUUCAUUUGAAAGAAAAUGGAGAAAUUUUUGUUGAUUUCUUUCUUGUUUUUAGCAAUAACAAUAAUAUUGCCUUCAACUCAUGGGCUUGAUCAAAGUCCUAAAGGAGUGGACAAAUGGUUCAAGAACCUUCCCCAUGCAAAAACAAAAAUGACCAAACUUCACUUUUACUUUCAUGAUAUUGUGACUGCAAAGAGUCCAUCAGCAAUCCAAAUAGCGCAAGCCAAUAAUACAUUUCAAUCACCAACAUUUUUUGGCUUUGUAAGGAUGAUGGACAAUUCGUUGACGGUUAACCCCGAGCCCAACUCCAAAAUAAUAGGCCGAGCCCAAGGGAUUUAUGGCUCAGCUUCGUUUGAAGAUAUAGGCCUUCUUAUGACUCUCAACCUUGUGUUCACAAAUGGUAAGUACAAUGGUAGCACGCUUAGUAUCCUUGGGCACAAUCAGGUAUUUCACGAGUAUCGAGAGAUGCCAAUUGUUGGUGGUUCCGGUGUUUUUAGGCUAGCAAAAGGCAUCGCCACCGCGAAAACCUACCAAGUUGAUAACACCACACAAAAUGCAAUAGUUGAAUACCAUGUUGUGGUUUUGCAUUAUUGAAGUUACUCUUUUGUUCAUUAUGUGUUCUUGAUCGUGGCCUGUGGACUUUCCAAUAAUGUGAAUUUGUAUA